UAUUUCCAUUUAUAUAUCCAGAUAUAAUUAUUUAUAUUCUUAUUACUUGGAGAUUUGGGGGUUUUUCUUUUCUAUCCAGGAGCUUAAAUCGACUGUUUCGAAGAAACAAAACUCUGCAGGUUUACGGUCGCAAAAAACCUGCAAGUGUGUAACUCUAUUCCAAAUCUGAUCUGUGAAAUAGGCCCUCUCAUCGGUUACGCUAUUUGGAUUCCUGAAAGGCUGGAUAGUGUAAGUUGCAAUUGGUGAUGGAAGUUACCCGAUUAGCUCAACUGAGUUGUGACAAGUGUUUAUACAAAAACAGAUCGACUCCAAACGCCGAAAUGCGUGCCCGACACGUGUGCGAUUUUCGCAGCGACACGAUCACGAAACCAACAGCCGCUAUGAGGGACGCAAUGGCUGCGGCUAGGGUCGGCGACGACAUGUUCUUCGAGGACCCAACGGUUAUAGAAUUGCAGCGUAUGGUGGCCGAACUGUUUGGAAAGGAGGACGCGCUGUUUUUUCCAUCGGGAACAAUGGCGAACAUCUGCGCCACUAUGACACACUGCAAGCAACGCGGUGAUGAAAUUCUGUGUGGAGAUAUGUGUCACAUAUUCCUGAACGAGCAGGGUGGUGCUUCGUCGCUAGGUGGCUUGAGUAUCAAUCCGGCUCCUACGCAAGACGACGGCCGGAUCCUAAUCUCGGAUUUUGAACGGCGCUUGAGGCCCCACGAGAAUGUUUGCACACCACGAACGGCACUUCUAUGUCUCGAGAACACACACAACUUCAUGGGAGGCGUUGUUCUUAACUGUGAUUACAUGAAGCAGAUUGGUAAUUUCGCUAAAGUAAAUCGUCUGCCCCUACACCUCGACGGCGCUCGUAUUCUGAACGCAUCUACAUACCUACACUGCGCUCCCAGCGAGUUGACGAAGAACGCUGAUUCUGUAAUGAUGUGUAUUUCAAAAGGUCUUGGGGCUCCCAUUGGAUCGCUUCUUGCAGGCACCAAGGACUUUUGUAAAGGGGCUCGGCGUAUACGGAAAGUCCUCGGUGGCGGACUACGUCAGGUGGGAAUUGCGGCAGCAGCCGGUAUCGUCGCAUUAAACACGACCUAUAAAGGGCUUUAUAAGGAUCAUGAAAAAAACUAUGCCUUUGCGCAAAAGCUUGCCCCUUUUGACAAUGACAUAUUCUCAAUAGACCUGACAAAGGUUCAAACCAAUAUGACGAUUCUUCACAUGAAGAACGGAUACAACCCAGUUCAGUUCUGUGAACUUGUUGACACGAUCUACCACGACGAAGUUUAUGAGCUUGGCGAAGAAAUUCAGGUUCGGAUGUUCCCUAUAACUCGAACUUCUGUUCGAGCUACUUUCCAUCUCGAUGUCGCCGCCGAAGAUGUCGAUGCAGCUGUGAAGAAAAUCAAAUAUGUUGUAGAGAACCAUUGCCGAGUAUCCGCAGAAGGUACCGUAACAGAACGUAAAGGGAAAAGAAACGAAAAUGGAUACAUAUGAUUUUCGCGGCAAAUACUGGGCAGCAACCCCGAUCGCAUUUCUAACCCACGUACGUGUGGUAAUAUACCUAUUUUCAUCAUUUACAUAUGACGAAGAUCAAUUCGUUGUUUGAAUUGGGGCGGAGUGCACAUAAUAACUAGGGUUAAAUGACCUAAGGUUUUUAGAUUGUCUGUUUUUGCUUUUUAAUAGCUUAACCGGUCGACGAUACAUAUUUGAUUAUGUCUGCGUUGAGCGUUCUGUGUAUAAUAGUUGAUAUCUAACUACAACCGUAAGUUAUAAUAUUGAACGCACGACAUAAACUACACAAAUACAUUAU